AUGGGCCAGGCCGCAGAGGCGCGAGUGCAGCAUGCGCGGCGCAGGCUGCAGGCGGCCAGUGCCUCGGAGCAGUCGGCCUGUGCCACGCAGCAGGAGCUGGAGGCGCGGCACGGGCGCCUCACCGCGCGCCUGGCGCAGCUCACCGCCGGGGUGGGAAGUCUCCGGCGCCGUUUCGCCGCGGGCGCCGCGGAGCUGGCGGAGGAGCAGGCGCGGAGCGCGGAGGUGCUGAGCGGCCCCAGCUCGGUGCGGCGCAAGCUGCAGGAGAUGACGGAAGAGGGUCAAAGGCUUCGGGAGACCAUUGCAGAAAUGGAGGCGGACCAAAGAGAACUGCAGCAAGCUGCCGACGUAGCGGGGGCGGAGCUGCUGCAGCUGUCCGCCGAAUCCCAGCGUUUGCGGGCGCAACGCGGGGAGCUGCAGUGGACUUUGGACAAGUUGCGCCAGACGCUGGCCCAUCAACAUGGUGAGCUGGCUGAUGACACGCGCGGAACGGCUCUGACUCUCGAGGAGCUGCGGCUGGCGGAAAACGAGGUGCAGACCUGCCAAAGCGAGCUUGCAGAACGUGUUCGUGAAGAGGAGGAGGCGCUGCAGGAUCUCAGGCACAUGACGCGGGAGAACCAGCUCCUGCACCACGAGCUGCGCUUGGCACAGCAGAGGCACCAGGUCUUGGAGGACGCGACCCAGGAACACGAAGCGCAGAAGCUGCCAAUGAUGCAGGAGCUGCGCGGGAAGGAGUUCCAGUGCGAAGAACUGCGGAAAGCUUGCCAAGAGGUGGCGCAGCAGCGUUUGCGCAACGAGGCGGCGGUGGAGGAGCUGGCGCAGCAGGUGGAGUCUUCCUACAUGGAGAUCCAGGAGCUGCAAGGCUCGCUCCAAGGCCUCGAGCAGAACGAGGAGACGACAAGGGGCAGCUUUCAUAAGAGCGACUCUGAGCUUGCGGUCUUGCGUACACGAAUGCACGAGGUGACUCAGUGCCUAGAGAUGCAGGAAUUCGCGCAGGAGCAGCGCAAAGCGGACCAGUCCCGCCUACGCUGGGUGGCUGGAUCCCAGCAGACGGCCAUCAACGAGGCAAUGAUGGGCGCUGCUGCUGUUGCUGCCCAGGCCGACUCCUUGCGAGCAGAGGUGGCCUCAACGCAGCGGAAGCUGGACCAGGCUCGCGAGAGGCUGGCGGAUGAGACGCGGCGCGGGCAGGAGGCUGCACGGAGUCAGGCAAAGCUCCAGGCUCUUUUAGCGCAGCAGCGGCAGAUGCACUGGCAACGGGAGGCCGAGUGCUCCGCCCUGCGCCGGCCGAAGCUGCCCUCGGAGGGCGAGCGGCAGAUGCUGGAGCAAGUGGAGGAGUUGGAGCGCAAGAUGUCACGCGAAGUGAAGUUCUUGGCUGAGGAGGCAGCCAACUUGAACACGGAGCUGGCCCAAAGCAAGGCCACGCCGUGA